GUAUCACCCGUGCAACGCACGGGAGUGAUGCUAGUUUUUAUACUAAGAGAGGUAUUCUAGCAGCAAUUUUUUGUAAAUGCACCCCACUUAAGCCUUAAAUUAACUUGAUGAUGACUGACUCCAGACUCUGUAGAGGAUAAGUUGGAAGUCGGGUUUAUGUGCCCAUGGCCGUGGCGAUUACGAGACCGUUAAUCCGGCGGCUAUUCUUGCACUCCUCAGCCACCAUUGCCCCCCGGCCGACUCCUUCUCCGGGAUUCAACCUCCACGCGAAAAGCAAUUUCGCGACAUCCUCCACUCGCUCCAGGAGAAACAGAGCGAGAUCCAAUGAGAUUACUAGCAGCAUCGCGCAGAAGAGCAGAAAGUCGCAACUCAAUCGGAGGACCCGGUCGGAGAAGGAGAUCGACGAGGAGAGCUUUCUAAAGCUCUACGGAAAUGACGAUUCUGCACAUGUCCCAGUCUUGCUUGGUGAAGUGGUUGAUGUUUUUUCAUCUGUCCGACUCCGAUCCUUCGUAGAUUGCACUCUCGGCUGCGCUGGCCACUCCUCCGCCGUGAAUGAUGCUCAAAGAGGUUUUAGUGUGCUGAAGCGUGGACCCCUUGAUAUGCGAAUGGAUCCUAAGGGAAGUCUAAAAGCAGAAGACAUUUUAAAUUCUUGGCCAGCUGAUGAAGUGGGUCGAAUUUUACGUGAUUAUGGGGAGGAAAGCAAUUGGCACUUCCUUCAAAACAAAAUCGUUACUGCCCGCCAGACUGGAGGGCUGCACUCUACUGGUCAACUAGUUCACCUCAUUCAGAAUUCAACUUUCAGGACAAAAGGAAGACAAGGAUGGAUAAAGACGGCAACACGAGUCUUCCAAGCUCUUAGAAUAGCUGUGAACGAUGAACUCAGUACGCUGGAGGGUUCUAUCUACUCCUGCUUUAAUGCCCUUGCUCCCGGUGGGAGGCUAGCCGUUAUCUCCUUCCACAGCUUGGAGGACAGAAUAGUGAAGCAUGCAUUUCUUCGCAUUAUCAAUGGGGACAACCUUGCUGCUGCUGCUACAGAUGCAGAAGGAGAAAAAAGUCCACACAGUUUGGAGGAAAUGGAAGAUGGCAAAAGAGAAGCGUGGGUUAAACAGGCGAUACGAGGACAGAAUGGGACAAUCCUCACUAAGAGACCCAUAACGCCGUCUCAAAGGGAAGAGGCGUUGAACACUCGGAGCCGGAGCGCUAAACUGAGGGUAAUUCAAAAAGGUUUGAGAUAGAUCAAAAUUGUUUGUUGAUUGUGGGCUGUUCAAUGUUCUCAGCUAAACCACCUAUUUAAGAGUAUAUAGUAAAUAUAUCAUCCCUUUAAGUUUAGCAUAAAUUUUUCAUUUGAGCAUAGGCAAGUCUAAAUUAAGAUGAAAUGUAUGA